AUGCUUCUGCGACCUACAAUGGUGCUGCGGGCCGUCAACGGCCGGACGGGAAACAUCACCGGCUUCGACAUCAAGAAGCUGAAGGAGUCCAUUGAGAAGCCCCGCUACGAUCCAUGGGAGCGAUAUGAGAACUGGCGAUACACAGGACUCUUCAGCAGAUUCAACCGGUUCAAGAACGCCUUCCCUGGCCUGGGUAUUGCGACGGUGGCAUUUGCGGGGUACUGCGGCUACGAGUAUGCCUUCAUGAAGGACGAGCAUCACGACGAGCAUCACGGCGAGGGACACCACUGA